UUAUGAAAGAAAAUUUAACCUACGACUCUGCCUACGAAUAUGUUUGUUGUUGAUAUUUACUUUUACAAUAAUGAAUAAGUUGUUUAGCUCUUUAAGGCUUAUUCGGGCUCAUUGCGUAAAAAGUCAGUUAGUUUUUGUAAGUCAUAACUGUAAUUUAAAUCAAAUAUCGAAGCCUGCAGUGAGAAAAACAACAGUUAAAUAUGACAAAAUUGAACCUUUAGGAUGGUUUCUUCUGAUAAUACCUUGUUCGGCAUUUGGUUUAGGAGUUUGGCAAGUACAGAGAAAAGCAUGGAAAGAGAACCUUAUACAGAAUCUAAAAACACAAACAAAUAGUGAUCCAAUUCGGUUGCCUGAUAAUUUAGAGGAACUAAGUCAGUUAGAAUACAAUCCGAUACAUGUAAGGGGCAAAUUUCUUCACGAUAAAGAAAUCUAUUUAGGUCCUCGAAGUCUUUUGUCUAAAGGAGAAGCAACUUCCCAGAGCUCCUUAAUUACUACUGGUGGCAGUAAUUCACAGGGAUAUUUGGUUGUUACUCCAUUUAAAUUGGAAGAUAGAGAUAUGACAAUUUUGGUGAAUCGAGGUUGGGUUCCUGCAAAGAAAAUAGAUCCAAAAACACGUCCAAAUGGUCAAGUUGAAGAUACUGUUGAUGUAAUAGGAGUAUUACGGUUACACGAACCUCGACCAACUUUUGUAACCAAAAAUCAGUCGGGGACUAAAUUAUAUUUUUAUCGUGAUCUUCCAACAAUGUGUGCUGCUACAGGAGCUGCGCCAGUCUUCCUAGACCAAACUGAUGAAUGUAAUGCAAAGGGCGGUCCAAUUGGUGGACAAACAAGAAUAUCUCUGAGGAAUGAACAUUUGUCCUACAUCUUGACUUGGUUCACGUUGUGUGGUGCAACAUCUUAUAUGUGGUUUAAGAAGUUUGUGGUUAAAUAAAAGUUGUUAUUAUUUGUUA